CGUUUUUGUGUGUGCAUCUAAAAAACGCGCGCGCUUUUUAACGCUCGUGCUUAAAUAAUGUAUGCAGACAAAGGAUUAAGGCGCGCAGCAUAUUAAAUGUUUAUGUGACUUCUUAUAGAUGGCAAUAAAAUAGUACUGGGUGUGUUUGUGAAUUUUUGGAAUUUAUGCCUGUGCAGUUUUCCAUCGAUUUUCAUCUUGCGCCAACAACAGACUGGGGAUGAAAAACCAAACAUAUGAAACGGAUUUGAUAUUAACCAAAUAUGCAGAAACAAGAAAAAAGGCGCGAAUUGCGCUUAAAGCGAUUCUGGCGCUCGCCAAAAACAACAUCAUCGGAGGAGUCAACGGGCUAUGAGAGUCCGACGAGGACGAAGCCAGCCAGCAGCGAUGCACAGCGUUUCAAUCAUCUGCACUACACGAGCCUCUCCCAGGGGUCGGGCACCACCUCGUCCUCGACGACGGCGGCGGCAGCAGCAGCUGCCAAUGGGGCAUCAAGCAGCAGCAGCAACAAGCCAUCCUGUUCGCUGCCGCUGUUGCAGGUGUGGCCCAGCCAGGACUCACCGCGCGGCGAAGCGGAUGGCCAAUCCUUCAUCUUUCCCGCCAUUGUGGAGACGAGCGUCGGCAGCACCAACGUGGCAUCCACCAGCAGCAGCAGCAACAAUGACAACAACGACAGCAACAACUCCAUCGCCACCAGACGCAGCAACAAUCACCUGACACUGAGAACGGAGCGUCGCAGCUCCCUGUACUGUGAUACCCUGCACGCCGGCGACUCUGGCAUAGACUCAGUACAGGCAUCGCCCUCGCCCAAUGCAUUCAUUGCUCCUCCGGGCGUACAUGGACUGCCCGGUGGCCAUUCGGGCGGCAGGUCAUGUCAUGUGUCGCCCACCAGCACGCCCACACAGGGCUCGCCGAAUCUAUCGCUGGGUCGUCGGCACAUGCGAAACAGCAUCUGUGUGGUGCCCAGUGGCGGUGCGGCCAAUUAUAGACGCAAAUCAAGUGCGCUACUGCAUCCGGAUCAUGCGCGCUUAUUUGCCCUAAGGAUGAAGCAUGCGGCUGCAUUGGAGCGGGCGCAAACAUCGCCGGAUCAGACAUCGAUUGAGGAUGCGAAUGAGUUUCAUGAUAAUGGACUGGCCACCAAUAUGCGUUUGUGCUCUGCCUCGUCGUCGACGACGUCGUCGCUGACAUCCGUGGCAGCGGUCAGCCUGGGCGGGGGUGUGGCAGUUGCCGGUUGUGGGGGCGGCAGUGGUGGUGGCAGCAGUGGCGGCAUUGCCACCGCCAGCAGCGGCGCCUGCUCCUCCUCCGCUUUUGCUGUCGGCGCGGCGGGCGCACAGCAGCGAGUCUCCGAUCCUUGGCUGCAGCCACAAUCCGAUCGUGACUCGCGACACGGCCACCAACACGAUGGCCGACGGCGUUCAUCGACAAUGACCGCCCGCUAUUCGCUCUUCGAUGCACUCGAUCUGGAGUACGUGCUGCUCCGGGCGGCGGCGCGCGGCUCUGUGGGUCCCUACUCGCUGAGCGAGUCCAUACACAAAUUGACCUUCACACAGUCGCUGGCAUUUCCAGCGCUGGCGCGCGGUCUGGCCACCAAGCGCCGGAGAUCGGCUACGCACACCAGUUCCAGGCCGCUAAAUCCGCACGAAUCGGGCUUGAAUACGUGCGCAAAGGUUGUUACCGCUGUCGUCCUGGUUGCCAUCUCCUUCAUGGUCUUUCUCAUAGUGUACAAAUUUGUGCGCACGUGAGGUUUGCUCCUGGCCCCGACGCCAGACUUCUCCGUCACAUAUCAGACGACCACCAGGGACGAAGUGGAUGCCUCCACCUCUUUCCUGCUGUCCACGUCAACGGCGGGCCGCAGUCUGGGCAAACAUUUGUCGGGGUUCAGGAGCCAGUUGGGCCUCAAGCAGGCAGACUUUGACUUUGAGUAGUAACAGGCAGACGGAAAUUGUAAAUGCAGUAACGAAAAAUUUGUGAUAAACUUUUCAGAUGAUAAACAAAUUUCCACACACACACACA